AUGAUAGCGGUAAGUAGGCUCGCCCAAAACAGUCGCCAACCUAGUUCGGCCAUCGACAACAACGACGACACGUACGUCGUCGUUACGACCAUUUCUAUCGAAGAGGUCACUUUUUCAUGGCUGUCCAUCAACUUCGGUAAGAGGUUAACUGUGUUCAGCGUUAAACUGACUAACGCAAAAUCUGAAGUUGGAAAAAAUUUAAAGAAUUUCACAAUUAGUGUAUCGCAGAAGCACAAGGUGAACGUGUGCACACUGGACCUCUGUUACCAUUACAAACAGCAGGUAGCACUCGGCAGUACGGUGUCCAUGGACUGCCAGCCUGGACCGGUAUCUGGUCAGCACAUGAUCAUUGAAAGAUUGAAUGGUGACCUGGUCAUAGCUGAGGUUCUAGUUUACGCUAAAGUCUUAACUACGAGACAUUACAAUUUCAACCUGGAAGCCUUCAACGAAAAAUGCGAAGCUGCCUACUUGUCAUCCAACCCAACUCAAAAAGGCGUAUGCGAUAUAAGACGGUUGCAAGAAUUUUAA